GCUGCAGCCCCUUCAGGAUCUCUGUCUCCUCCAACAUGACGGCCUACUCCUCCUCUGCCCAGUCCGCUUCCUCCUACCGCCGCACCUUCGGUCAUGGCACCUACGCCUCGCCCUCCCUCAACCGCUCCUUCCUGGGCCCCAGCGGAGGCAGCGGGGGUCACGUAACCUCCAGGGUCUACGAAGUGACCCGAACCAGCGCCGCACCCAACUACCGCGUGUCCUCCAGCUACCAUGGCAGGCCCCUGGGGGCCUCCAGGGUCUCUGUUGGACGCUCCCACGCCGGCAUGGGGGAGACGCUGGACUUCAACCUGGCAGACGCCCUCAACCAGGAGUUCCUGACCACGCGCACCAACGAGAAGGCCGAGCUGCAGCACCUGAACGACCGCUUUGCCAGCUACAUCGAGAAGGUCCGCUUUCUGGAGCAGCAGAACCAGGCGCUGACGGUGGAGGUGGAGCGCCUGCGGGGGCGGGAGCCCACGCGCAUCGCCGACCUGUACGAGGAGGAGAUGAGCGAGCUGAGGAGGCAGGUGGAGAUCCUGACCAAUCAGAGGUCACGCCUGGAGGUGGAGCGAGACAACCUGGUGGACGACCUGGAAAGAGUUAAAAUCAGGUAGGAGGGGC